AUAUAUGUAUAGAACAAGUUUUCUUGAUCAUAAAGCCAGUGAUUAGUUAAACGAAUAUUUUUUGAACGUUUACUCUAUAUGGAUUAUUAUUAUACCACUCUUCUAGCUCUCUUGCUAGCCUGGACUUUGAUCCAAGGCUUCACUUUAUUACUAGCAUUAUUACCAACAAACAGAAGCAGAAAGCUUCCUCCAGGACCCUUCCCAUUACCCAUAAUUGGAAACCUCCACUUGCUAGGCAAUCAGCCGCAUAAAUCAUUUGCCAAGCUCGCAAAUUUUCAUGGCCCAAUUAUGCGUCUGAAGUUGGGCCAGAUAACAACUGUGGUCAUUUCUUCUUCAGACCUAGCCAGACAAGUGUUCCAAAAGCAAGACUUAGCCUUCUCUAGUAGAUCAAUUCCUGAUAUGGUUCAAACGGAAAAUUUUCACAUGUUCUCCGUUUCUUGGCUUCCCUCUGUUUCCCCUCAAUGGAGAAAUCUCCGAAAAGUCUUGAAUGCUUACAUCUUCUCCGUUAACAAGCUUGAUGCCAGCCAGCACCUUAGGUACAAGAAGAUCCAAGAACUUGUUGUUUAUUGUCAAAGGAGUAGCCAAAUUGGCGAGGCGGUAGAUAUUGGUGGAGCAAUUUUCAGGACCUUGUUGAAUUUACUUUCCAACACCCUCUUUUCAAAAGACUUGGCGGAUCCGUAUGUAAAUUCCGGUAAAGAAUUUAAGGAUCUGGUGGAGGAAAUAAUGAUGGACUUGGGUAAACCAAACUUGGUGGAUUACUUCCCACUGCUAAAACUUGUAGAUCCUCAAGGGCUGAGGCGAUAUAAUUCUCGUUUCGGAAAGCUACUAAAUCUAUUUAAUGGAAUGAUAAGUGAGAGGCUGGAGCUAAGGAAGGUUCAAAAUGAUCAAAAGACUGAUGUUUUAGACGCCUUAAUCACAGCCACUGAACAGAGGCCCAAAGAGAUUGAUCUCAAGCAUAUAGCAACAAUUUGUUUGGACCUAUUUGUUGCCGGGACUGAUACAAGUUCGAACAUAGUGGAAUGGGCUAUGGCUGAGAUUCUUAAAGCUCCAGAAAUUAUGAAGAAAGCCCAAGCCGAGCUCGCAGAAGUCAUCGGAGAAGGCAAGGCAAUAGAGGAAGCUGACGUUGGCCGGCUCCCUUACUUGCAGUGCAUUAUUAAAGAAGCUUUCAGGCUGCACCCUCCGGCUCCUUUUUUAGUUCCUCGAAAAGUAGAGCAAGAUGUUGAGGUGUGUGGCUACACUGUCCCUAAGGGUUCAAAAGUGCUUACUAAUGUGUGGGCAAUUGGCCGAGAUCCAACUCUUUGGGAAGACCCUUUGAUAUUUAAUCCUGAUAGGUUUAAGGAUUCAAAAUUGGAUGUGCGAGGUCGAGAUUUUGAGUUAAUUCCAUUUGGUGCUGGUCGAAGAAUUUGUCCUGGUUUGCCAUUGGCUAUAAGGAUGGUUCCAGUAAUGCUUGGCACACUGUUGAAUACAUUUAAAUGGAAAAUUGAGGGUGACAUUGCACCAAAAGACUUGGACAUGCAGGAGAAAUUUGGCCUCACUUUGGCCAAACUUCGCCCUCUGCGAGCCGUCCCGCUUCCCCUUCCAACUCCCAAGGAUGGCUUCCUAGAAAAGGCAAUGGAUUAAUAUUGUAACUAAUAUUUCAUUUCCAAAAAAUGAAAAAGAAAUGAAGCAUUAAUUAGUAUAAGCAUAAAUUAUGUACUCAAUAAUUUGCUGUGAAGGAAAGUUUCUUCCUAAGAAAGAGAUAGGGAAGAUUUAUUGGAAAAGUAAGCAUACAAGAUGUCUAACAUCCAUGUACUACUUGCAUUUGGAAUGUUAACUCAUAUUCGAAUUUGAUUUA